CGGAAGCGAGCGAGGGGCGGAAGUUCCCGCCCGGCGCUCCCGCUCGCUCGGUCCGAGGGGCUGCGGCGCCGUUCAUGGAAGAGAUGUCGGGAGAGAGCGUGGUGAGCUCAGCAGUGCCGGCGGCCGCGACGCGCACGACGUCCUUCAAGGGGAGCAGCCCCAGCUCCAAGUACGUGAAGCUGAACGUGGGGGGAGCCCUGUACUACACCACCAUGCAGACCCUGACCAAGCAGGACACCAUGCUCAAGGCCAUGUUCAGUGGGCGCAUGGAGGUGCUCACAGACAGUGAAGGCUGGAUCCUGAUCGACCGCUGUGGGAAGCACUUUGGGACAAUCCUGAACUACCUGCGGGACGGGGCUGUGCCGCUCCCCGAGAGCCGCCGGGAGAUCGAGGAGCUGCUGGCUGAGGCCAAGUACUACCUGGUGCAGGGGCUGGUGGAUGAAUGCCAGGCAGCCCUGCAGAACAAGGACGCGUACGAGCCCUUCUGCAAGGUCCCGGUGAUCACCUCCUCCAAGGAGGAGCAGAAGCUGAUUGCAACCUCCAACAAGCCAGCAGUGAAGCUCCUCUAUAACAGAAGCAACAACAAAUAUUCCUACACCAGCAACUCUGAUGACAACAUGCUGAAGAACAUUGAGCUCUUUGACAAGCUGUCCCUGAGGUUCAACGGGAGGGUGCUGUUCAUCAAGGAUGUCAUUGGGGAUGAGAUCUGCUGCUGGUCCUUCUACGGGCAGGGCCGCAAGAUCGCCGAGGUCUGCUGCACCUCCAUCGUUUAUGCCACAGAGAAAAAGCAGACCAAGGUGGAGUUCCCAGAAGCCAGAAUUUACGAGGAGACCCUGAACAUUCUGCUGUACGAAUCCCAGGAUGGGAGGGGGCCGGACAAUGCCCUCCUGGAAGCCACAGGAGGGGCUGCAGGGCGCUCCCACCACCUGGAGGAGGACGAGGAGCGGGAGCGCAUCGAGCGCGUGCGCAGGAUCCACAUCAAGCGCCCGGACGACAGGGCCCACCUGCACCAGUGAGCCUGGGGAGAAGGGGCUGCCCUGCAGCAGGACCAGGCAGUGUAACUCCUGUCCAGCACACUCUGUAAAUUGGGAUUUGUAACAAACUCUAGGUUAUUUGGGGUAUUUAAAUGCGGUAGUUGUAGGGCGAGGAUCGGUGAGGUUACUGGGCAGCCUGGAAGGGCCUGUUGAGCAGCUGGAGAAAUGCCCGGAAUUUUUAGCACUCUUGUGUUGCUGUUUUGUGCUGGAGAGGAGGAGGACUGGCUUCCUGUGGCUUUGGUAAUGAUCCUGCACUUUAAAACCUAAACAACAAACAAAAGGUCAGCCAGCCACCCUCCUUCCCUCCAGGCACUCCCUGACCCUCCUGGGCUGGGGGGAAAGGCAGGGACCUGGACCCAGGGCUCCUGGGAGACAGCUUGGGAGUGCCUUGGGUGUCUCCCCAAAGAACAAAUGGCACAGGCUGAUGAGAUUCCUGGACUGCUGGGGGCAGAGGGACCCCUCAGAGCAGUGGGAGGGAGCAGGGGCUGCUCCCUCAGGUUCCCCACAGCUCUCAGGAUCUGUUCCUCCAAGGCUUCAGUGGAGUCUCUGCAGCACUGAGUGGGACACCCAUCCCUGUUUUGUCCUUACGGUUCAAGGUUAAAAUUCCUCCUAAAGGAGGAGAAUCAGGAGCAAAUUGUCCAUGGUUGCUUUCCCUAGGAGUAGUGUUGGUACUGGUCAGUGCUUAGAGCUUCUGCCUGAGCCUGGUUUCCAGCAGCUCCCAGUACCAGGGGUCACAACAGGGUCAAUCCCCCCAUGCUGGGGGGUGUUGGUGGGGGCAGCAGCCCUGGUUCCCUUCUGGAACUGAUGCAGGAGCAUUGAGUGAGAGGAAACAGCCAGAGGCAGAUAUUCCCUGUUUGACUUCAUCCUGAGGGUAUUCCAACUAUUCCCAGCCAUGGCAGCUGUGUGUGGAAGGGCAGAGCCUGGAGAAGGCCACUGCACUGUGGUUUUCUACAAGUGCUUUUCUCCUGUCAAUGAAUAUUUUAUCUACCUCCUUGUCUCCUGUUGCCUAUUGUGGAGUCAAGUGACAGUGAUGGUGGGAGGUGGGGUGUCAUUCCAUAGGGCUGGCAGCAGAGCCACAGCUGUGACACUUCAGGUCACCAGUGCUGGGAGGGAGAGAAACCUGAGGUAGGAAGUGUUAAACUUGCACUGCAGCAGCACCUGUGAGUGACACCAGAGCACUCUGCCCUGGGCUAGAGUUUCUUUUGACCCUUUCUCUGGAAUAUUCAGCACUGGCUUUAAGAGCCACACUCCUCUGGAGCAGCAGCUCUGUGUUCCUGCUCCAAGGCUCCCUGCUCCUGGCUCAGGGCUGCAAAGGACAUGGGAACAGUGUAAAAACCCAAGGUGCUGCAGCAGCACCAGCCACGUUCUUCUGUUCCACAGAGCUCGUUGGUAGAGGCUGAGACACACCAUGAAGUGGCUGUGCAAUUUUGGAUCAUCAAGUAAAGCUCAAACAUUUCCAAUUUAAUCUGAGGCCAUCUUUCUAGUAACCAAAGACUUCUCCACACUGCAGGCAGCUGCUGGCUGUGGCAGGUGGGGAUGUUGUCCUUGUCUCCUCUUUCUCCUGCAGCUGCUGAUUGUUCACUGAGAGCUCCACAGUCUCCCUGGGGUUCAGCAGCUUCAGCUCCGUCCUGACACCUCAGGGCUUCCAGUUUGAGUUGUUCUGACACCUGUUUGCAGCACCCUCUGGGGCUGGAGCAGUGCAGAGGGGGAAGGAGCCAGUGCCUCUCUCCCCUCAGGGCUGGGAUAAGCUGGGGGCAAGGCAGGGAGGUCCAGGACUGCUGUUUCUCCAUCACUGUGUUAUUUUGACACUUACUGGUGAUUACUGGGCUGUUACUGAGCAUCUCAGCAUCUGGAACAGCCCUGCUGCCCUUGAGGGUGAGGCUGUGCCUCAGCAGAGGGUGAACAGGGACCAGCACCAGUCCUGCAGCAAACCCUGCUCACUGCAGCCAGGAGCUACUCUCCAGCAGGCUCAGGACAGCUCAUCCCUGGCUGUGCUGACCAAAUCCUGUCCUGUGGGGCAGAGCAGCUUCAGCCCCAGGAGGUGACAGCAGUACUAAGCACCUGACAGGUCACAGCUACGUGAUUAACUUCUCUGUAAAUAGAUCCUUAACUGGCUUCAGGCUUUUCCCUUCCAGGUUAUGCAAACUAAGUUCUUAAAAACCAGGGGAGGGCUGUUUUUAAUCUUUGUACAGUGCUUUGUAGAGCUGUUGGUUUAGCAAAAUCACUCCAGGAGAGUUCAAGUUUCAAUUUCAGUCUUGUUCCUGUGUUUGUGGGCAGACUCUGCCUUAACUCACUCCUGCUCUCACCCUUGGGGUGCUGGAGUGGUGCAGCCAAGCUGUGUCCUGGGGACUGUCCUUUACCUGCUGUCCCUGUCCUUGCUCUGGGCACACCUGCUCAUGCCCUUGCACAAAUGCUCUCAGUCCUGAGCCUCGUUACUCUAAGUGGUUUUACUCUGAGCUCUCAGGUGCAGCUGGGGCUCAGGGCAGGUGUCCUGGGCACAAGCAGCUCUUCAGAUUAUCCUUCCCUGCCUCCCAGUGCCAGGGAGAGCAGAGCUGGCUGCUGCCAUUCUCCAGCACCAGCAGUGAGGAAAGUCCCCCUGGGGAAGGGAUUUUGUCCCCUCCCAGCUCCUGACCCGGGUGGGGCUGCACAAGGAGGGGACAGGGACCAGCCCUGGUGUCCCCUCCCCACCUCUCUCCCUGUAGCACCAAAGCAGCUGCUCCUGCACUUCCCCAAGGCAGGUUUGGAUCCCCUGAGCCACAGCACCUGGGCAGGGCUCCAAGCUCCCAUCCUACCUUAGAGUCUUAAUGGAAUUGUUUCAUGGACAACAGCAAAUUCCUGUUCUGUACAAUCAUUCCCACCUGUCCAGACUUCUGCACAGAACAAGCUUCAGCUGGAUUUCAGUGUAUGGUUGAUGUUUGCAAUAUGUACUUUUGUUGUUUUUUUUUAAUAUAACACAAUAAAUUAGAAGAUAUUUCAUAUUUA